AUGCAGAUCUAUCAAGCUAGCUGUUUCCAACAUGCAUCCUGUUCCAGCCAGCCAGCCAUCUCCAGCCAGCCAGACAGCCAUCAACAGACCAAAAGCUGUAUUCAGUCAGGUGUUUCCAAAAGGCAUCCAGUUCCUGCCAGCAAGCCAUCUCUAACAGGCAUUCAGAUCCAGCCAGUCAGCCAUUUCCAACAGGCAUGCAGCUCAACCAAGCCAGCUGUCUCCAACAGACAUCCAGGUCUAUCCAAUCAUCUCCAACAGGUACCUAGCUCCAGUCAGCCAGCCAUAUCGAACAGCCAUCGACUUCCAGUCUGGCAACCAUAUCCAACAGGUAUCCAGGUCCAGACAGCCAGCUAUCCCCAAAAGGCAUCUAGCUCUAGCAAGCCAGCCAUCCCCAACAUGCAUCCAGCUCUAGCCAGCCAUUCAUUUCCAACAGGUAUCAAGUUUCCACCAGCCAGCCAUUUGCAACAGGCAUCCUAUCCAGCAUCCAGCUCCCACAGGCAUCCAGCUCCAGUCAGCCAUCUCCAACAGGCAUCCAGCUCCAACAGGCAUCCAUCUUCAGCCGGCCAUCUCCAACAAGCAUCCAUUCAUCCCCAACAGCCAUCCAGCCAUCUCCAACAGGCAUCCAGUUCCAGCAUCUCCAACAGGCAUUCAACUCCAGCCAGCCAUCUCCAACAGACAUCCUGUUACUCCUAUCUCCAACAAGUGUUCAGAUCUAGCCAUCCAGCCAUAUCCAUCACCAACAGGCAUCCAGCUUCAAUUUGCCAUGUUCAAAAGGCAUCUAGUUUCACCAAGCCAGCCAGUCAUCUCUAA